ACCAAAACAAACUUUUUAGUUUUAAUUUCUUGCUCAAAAAGUAGUUUUAUUAAAUUAAUAUUAUUUAUGCGUCUCUCUCUGUUGAAGCAGGACAGACUACAGGAGGCAAACAAUAUAUGACAUAUCCUCGUUUUCACGAACACCGUUCAGGGCAUGCUAAAAUGGUGGACAUGCAAUUAAAGGGAAGUGCUUGCAGGAUUAAGAAGUGUGCUUUCGAUUUACUGUCAAUCGGAAACGAUCUGACGAACGACGAUCGCUCGUGGGAAUUGAUGGGAAGGGAUCUCCGCCUCAAAUCCACCUUCUUGUACUGUGAUCUUAAUCAGAUGAUCUCUCGUUCACCAAGGGACCAGAAGAGAGCUCUCACUGAACUUGCCAACAAACUGUUUUGCUCCAUUGAAGAGUUGGAUCAUGCAGUGAAAAUUCGAAGCCUGGCGUUGACCCAAGAUCGAUACAAUGAGGCUGCUGUCAUUUUACAGGAGGUGAUGGCUCUUGCGCCAUAAAAAUAAUACGGUCGAUGGUUACAAACACUGAUCUGUAUAUUAUCUGUACACAAAGUUCAUGUCAUCUUUAAAGAAAUAGCUUUAUCCUCGA